UGCUCAUCUCUCCCCCUUAAGUAUCUUGCCAGCUUCUGCAGAUAUCUUGGAAAGAACAAUUAGAGCAGCUGUAGAACAACAUCUUUUUGAUCUGCAGAGCAGCAUAGAUCAAGAUCUCAAUUUACAGCACCAAGUGGUGUGUCAUGAAGGAGAUAUUGAGGAAGAUGAAAAAGGAUCUAACAACCGGGAUGAUACUGAAAAGAAUAUUACUAAAGAUUAUGAGAAUCUUGGAGACUGCUCUGAAACAGUGAAUUGCACUAAAUUAGACAGUGAAAUUGUACAACCUGUGUCUGAGGAAAAAGAAAAUUAUCAGGCUGCAGGCGUAUUGUUGAAGCCAUGUGAUGAUGGAGGUGAAGAUAAAGAAUCCUUUGGAAAUAAGCAAGAUUUUAUAUCAUUUGAUGAUGGUAGCAAAAUGACGACACACAUGAUUUUGGAUUGUGUUAGCAACAUUUCUGAUCAAAAUAUGAAAAAUGAAUCGGAGGAAUUGAAAAACAAAAAUAACAAUGCUCCUGAAGCAACACUGUGUGCCUCUUUACCACAUCUUGAUUUGAAGAAUGUGAAUGGUGGUGACAAAUGGGAAGCGCCAUGUCCUAUCACUUUUCCCCUCAUUGAUUUCAAAACAAUGCAUCUACAGAGAGAAGGGGAGGAGCCAUUUCCUGCUUUUAAAUCUUGGCAGGAAGAAAAUGAAUCUGGAGAAGCUCAGCUUUCUCCACAAGCUGGCAGAUUGAAUCAUCCUCUGGAAUUAGAUAGUCAUCCCAUAUUGGCACACCGGAGUUUGGAUUUUGGUCAAAGUCAGCGUUUCCUACAUGAUCCAGAAAAAAUAGAUUCUUCAUCUAAAGCCCUUCCGUUUGUUAGAACUCGAAGAGCAGCAUUUAGUAGUUCUAAGGAUGAUAGAAAAGAAGAAAAGACUCCAUAUCAGCUAGUCAAAAAGUUGCAGAAAAAAAUAAGACAUUUUGAGGAGCAAUUUGAGAAAGAGAAAAACGUAAAGCCUUCGUAUUCUGAUAUUGCAGCAAAUCCAAAGGUUUUAAAAUGGAUGACAGAGCUUACCAAAUUAAAAAAGCAAAUAAAAGAUGCAAAGCACAAAAGCUCAGAUGAAUUGAUACCUCAGGCACGUCCACGAAGCAACACUCUUCCAAAAAGUUUUGGUUCAUCUCUGGACCAUGAAGAUGAAGACAAUGAAGAUGAUCUGCGUGUUCCUCAGAAAGAGAAGAAGCCUACAAAAGAAAUCACUGUUGAACUAAUUUUAAAAAAAUUGAAAGAAAAGCGAAUUGAUAGAUGCUUGCCAGAAGAUAUAAAAAAAAUGACGAAAGACCAUCUGGCAGAAGAAAAAACAUCACUCCAAAAAAGUCUCCUAUUCUAUGAAAGUCAGCAUGGACGUCCGGUAAUAUUUCACACUCUCCCCUCUGCCUGUUUAGAAUUAUUUAAAACACUGUUGACAUCAUCUUGAAGAAUCACUGAACACUUGCCCCAAUGUUUCUUCUAGUAGCUUUAGACUGAAGGAAUUGUGUUGGACACCAAAGAAUAAAUAGGACCGAAUCCUUCAAAACAGCUUAAUAAUAGAAUUCUAAGAAUUAUAAAAGAAACUGUAGUUUCUUUUCAGAAAUUUUUUCCUUAAAACUUUCAUCAACAUUCAUCAAUAUUUAUCUAAAUGUAAUCUCAGAAACAUAAUUCAGAAGUAUUUUAAGAUCUAUUAAUUUGAGAAGAAAAUACAGGUAGUCAUCAAUUUAUGACCACAAUUG